AUGCAAAAGCUUCAAUUCGCACUCCCCACUACGUCCAGCGACGAAUGGUUGACUUUGCUCGAAACGCCAAUACUUCUAUCCGACGAAGCUUUCAGCAAAAUCAUCGCGACCACUGAGACAACUGGCAUCAUGAAAGACUGUCCGAAAGGCCAUACGAUUUACUACAUUCGCUCAUGGAAAAUCAAGAUCAAGCAACUCCGCGCUAUUCUCGACCUUUGGGAGCAGCGAGGCAAGAACUAUCCAGAAGCGGCUGUUUGGGAAGCAAUGGCUGAAGGAAUCCCCGAUGACUCUACGGCUGUCUACAUACGCUACUUGGGCAAAACGGACCUCACUUCUGGCCAAGAGAGACACCGGGAUGAUGAGAGGAUGAGAGAUUCUGGGAUGUUCCACGACUUCCGUACUGACUGCAAGGCUCUUUGUCCAUUAGUCAUGUCAUCGGUCAAGAUUUUCCACAUCGAUGCGUUUGAGCUCAAACCCUCUGUAUCCAGAGCAGGCUACAUUGCCAAACCCUCGGUCGAAGAAGUCGACCUACGCGAACGGGUUCUUAUCGCACUCGUUGGACAGGCAUCCUCACUCAAUCGUCAAAGUGGAGGAACCCUUGUGGCAUAUCAACCCGCAGAAUUCGACAUUGCGACCUUCAAACAACUCGGCACCGCUACGUUCUCAAAGCUGGGGGAAAAGUCUAUCCAUCAGCAGCCAUCAGCAAUUCUCCGUCAAAAGGUCACCGACUGGAUGGACAUGACUCUACUCUUCGCUGCUCAAAAUCCAGUUGAACUGGGCCUUGGGUCCGAGUCUCCUAUUAAUUAUCGACACCAGAAAGUUUGGACAGAUCAAGCAUUGCCGACCAGANUUUUUGGUCAUACAAUAAUGGUCACAAUGGGCGACGCUAUCCCACUUCAUGCACUGAAAGACCCCAUCAAAUUCUGGUCACAGAGUGCCAAAUCAGUCCAGCUGAUAAAAGACUUCCUGUCAAGACUGAUGGCAUAUGAAGAGAACAGAUCAGACUGGCAUGCCUUGCGUCUGGAUCCCCUUGUCGAAGCUAGUGUGCUUCCUUUCAUCGAUCACUGUUACUGGCCUGACAUGAAGAACCUGCGUUUGAAUGCUAUUGAUCUCACCCGCGCGUACUUCGAAGCUACCAAACCUUUGAUGGCCCUUGUCUUGGGAUUCCAGUCUAACAAAUUCGUGAGAGCCAACUUCCGCAGCACAUUCGAUUCGUCCGUCUCGAACUUGUUGAGUGAACUUAGAAACUUCACUAUCCAAUACUACACCGACCCUGGUAAUGAUUCCCGUCCUCUCGGUAAAAUUCCCACAGCCACAAAAUCUGUCGACUCCGAGGACGCUUUCAUCCAGAUACCUUCAUUCCACCCUGGUGCUGACAGGUACGUAAAUGAGAAUCUCCGCACAAGCCAAGUUGGUGCUCCAGAUCCUGUUUCAGAAGAUAGAGCAUCCAUCACAUUGCAGAGUUCCGUUCAAGCCCAAGCAACCAUCGUGAGAGCCUGCCAUCGCUCGUGA